AUGGAUUCGUUACCAACGACCAAUCUGCUUGAAUUCAAUAAAGAUGCACUUCAAAUCAUUCGUAAGGAUUAUAAUUUGGAUAAGCCAGGGAGUAUGGAUCAAGCCAUCGACAUUUUACAAGAGUGGGUGAAAAAACAAAAUCAUUUCGAGAAAAAAGAUUAUCCCAGAGAAUAUUUGGAGAGGAGAAUAAUUUUUUGCAAGGGUUCAGUGGAGCGCGCAAAGUCAAAAAUAGACAGAAAUUGCACUCUUAGGACUUUGAUGCCGCAGUUCUAUAAAUAUGUCGAUUUUAAGACUGAAUACAAGUAUUCGGACAUUGUAUGGGACGGGCUGUUACCUAAAAUGACUGAUGACUAUUACAGAAUUUAUGUAGUAAAAAAUGUUGGAAAACGUUUUGAUAAGGAUAUUGUAAUGAGUUACUUUCGAUGGCUGAUUGCAAUUGCAGAAUACGCACUAGCGAAUGAUUAUAGCAGAGGUAUAAUAUUGAUUGUAGACUUUUUGGACACUAAUCUAAUAGAAAUAAUAAAGUUCCUGGACCUCGUUGAAUUGCACCAAGCUAUAACAUUACUAAUUGAUGGCUACGCAAUGAGAAUAAAAGCUAUACAUGCAAUUACUCCCUCAAAAACUGUGGAAACAAUAAUUGCAUUAUUUAAACAAAUUGUCAGUGCAAAAUUAAGUCAACGCAUUCAAAUACACAAGGAUUUGGAAUCACUGUACAAGGUUGUCCAGAGAGAUGUGUUACCAGAAGAGCUAGGCGGAAAUGAGAAAUCUAUUGCUAAAUUACACAAAGAAUGGGUAGAUGUUCUUAGUUCAAAGGAUUUCCAAGAAUAUUACAGCGAAAUGAAAGCAGCAUCCACAAAAGAAAAGUACAGAUUGACUGAUAAAUUUAAAGAGGAGUAUAUGGGAAUAGCAGGCACAUUUAAAACUUUAAACGUAGAUUAG